AUGCAUUUGAUGUACACUAUUGGUGCCGACGGCAAGCGUGUUUACACUCUCAAGAAACUCACCGAGUCUGGUGAAAUCACCAAGUCUGCCCACCCAGCCCGUUUCUCCCCAGACGACAAGUACUCUAGACAAAGAGUCACUUUGAAGAAAAGAUACGGUUUGCUUCCAACUCAACAAGAACCAAUCAAAUACUAA